AUGCGGUUCGCUGCCCCGCUUGCACUUGCUUCCGUCGCUCUCGCAGCCCGUCCUUUUCUGGAGGAAGCGGACACUGGCAUCGACGAGCAACUCGGUGGCUUCGCACAGAACAAAACGCUCCCCCCUCUAGAGUCUCUUGUCGGCCUGCCAGAUUUCCAGUGGAGCGCCCGCCAAUACAUGAACACGUCUGCAUACACCUACUACCGCAAUGGCGCUGCGGGCGAAUGGUCCUAUCGCAACAACCUCGAAGUCUUUCCUCGCUUCCGUCUCCGGCCCCGUGUGAUGCGCGACAUUGUAAACAUCCAAGACUCACUCCCCACCACCCUUCUAGGCCACAAAUUCUCCGCCCCCUUCUUCAUCGCCCCCUGUGCCCGCGGCGCCUACGCCAACCCAGACGGUGAACUCGGUCUCGUCCGUGGCGCAGCCGCAGGCGACAUCCUCUACAUGCCCGCCCUCUACUCCAACACACCCAUGGCAGACAUCUACGCCGCCAGGUCAACAACCAACAACUCCGAGCAAGUCCUCUUCCAACAAGUCUACCUUGACGGCGGCCUCAACGAAACCCAAGCCCUCUUCAAACAGGUCGAAGCCGCCGGCGCAAAAGCAAUCAUCCUCACCGUCGACUCCCCCGGCGACGGUAUCCGCCACCGCGCCGCCCGCUACAGCGUCGGCUCCGCAAACACCCAAUUCACCCGUCUGACCUGGGAUCUGUACCGCCAAUUCUCCGCAAUGACAUCCCUCCCCAUCAUCCCAAAGGGUAUUCAAACCGUCGAAGACGCCCGCGAAGCAAUCACCCAGGGUGCAAAAGCCAUUUACCUCUCCAACCACGGCGGCCGCCAACUCGACACCUCGCCCUCUGCGCUCGAAAUCGCGCUCGAGAUCUUCAACGAGGACCCGGCCGUGUUCAAGGAAGUGGAAGUCUAUGCCGACGGCGGGGUGCGCUAUGGUACCGAUGUGCUGAAGCUUUUGGCGCUCGGUGUUCGGGCUGUCGGGCUCGGGAGGCCGUUUAUGUUUGCGAAUGUGUAUGGGGCUGAGGGGGUGAAGAAGGCGGUUGAUGUGCUCAAGUAUGAGAUUGCGAAUGAUGCGGCGAAUUUGGGGGUUGGGGAUUUGAAGAAGAUUGGGCCCGAGUAUGUGAAUUGGAAGAGUGUGAAUGGUUGGUUUAGUUAG